ACAAGUAGGGUCAUUCCACAGUAUUUUGAGCCUGAACAUCAAAUUCUGAAAUCAACUAUUUCUGACUUAAUUUGCUUAUCAACUUAAAGAGUGAUGCCUGAAGUUUAUUCGACAGGUGUCUGUUUCUAAAUAACAGUCGGCAGCUACGAAUAAAUUACAACUGUUUAUGCAAAUUUGGAAAAUGACUGUUGCGGAGUCUACAUUUUGAUUUUGUAGUUAAAAAAAGAAAGGCCAAAAUCAUUCAUUGAACUUUUCAUAGACACUUACCUACCAUUGAUUUACUUUAAAAAAAUUCUUUGAAUCUGGGAUGUGCUUCUUAGGGGUGACAGAAUUUGCUGUCCAAGGAAGGUCUGUAGACUCCGCAACAAAUUUGGCACUUUAAGUUUUAGUAAAAUGUUCAAAAAUAUAAAUAUUUGGCUGAAAGUUUGUAAACUUCUAAUUUAUUAGGACUGUAACAUUAUCAAGAAAAUGUUAAUUGUAAAUGUAUUUCCUACAAAUAUAAAAUAUAAUUUCUUUUUUUGUUGCGGAGUCUACAUUUUUGUUGCGGAGUCUACAACCUUGGCCCUAGGAACUGUAAGGGACUGGACCUAGGCAACUACUGAGUAUGCUCUGCCUCAUUCCUUGACAAUUGUGGGUAAUAUAGCUUCUCAGCACUCACUUCUAGUUAUGAAUCAACAAGUACUGAAAAGGGACUGGGCCUAGGGGACUGGGUCUAAGCAACUACUGAGCAUGCUCUGCCUCAUGUCUUAGAGAAUUGUGGGUAAUAUAGUUACUGCACUCACUUCUAGUCAUGUAAUGUGAAUUGAAUAUGUCAACAAGUACUGAAAGAAGCAGAAAAUUCAGAGAGAAAUUGAAAGGUGACCAAGAAAAGCUUUCAGAGUACCAAAGAAAGGAUAGAGAGAGAAAAGCUUUGGAGCAUGCUAAAUUCAAAGCAAACAAGAGUGAAAAAGAGAAGGCAGAGCACAGGUUAAAGAGGGCAGAAAUACAAAGGCGCUGGAGAGCAAAAGUAAAGGGAAAAGGAGAGGGUAAACAAAAUUCUAGUGCUGCUAAUGAUUAUAAAAGUCCCCAAAGUUUAGGUAAGGCUGUGAGACGAGUGCAAAAGCACUUACCGAAGAGUCCCUCAAAAGUGCCUCAUAUGCUAGCAAAGGUUGUACAAGCAAUGUCACCAGGCAAACGAAAGUCAGUCAUUGAAGCAGUUGACAGUUCUUCAAAGAAAAGAAAGCCAGCUGAAGAUCCCAGAAAGCAGCGAUCAGAUGCAUUGUCAGACAAGAGCAUUAAAGAAGUUGAAGAAUUUUAUAGAAGAGAUGACAUAAGUAGAAUGUGCCCAGGUAAAAAAGACUGUGUGUCUGUAAAAACUAGCAAGGGGCGAGAAGUGAGGCAAAAGAGAUUGUUGCUUUAUAACACUGCUGAGGUGCACCAAAUGUUUAAUAAGAGAGAAUCAGAUACAAGCAUUGGUUUAUCGAAGUUUGCAUCCCUCAGGCCACCAGAAGUAUUACCUAUUACCUUAAGAGAUCAAGAAGUUUGUGUUUGCAAGUAUCACGAGAACAUAGAAUUACUUCUGAGUGGAAUUAGCAAAGCUGUCCCUGGAGUUUCCAAGACGGCUGAUGAGAUGUUGUGUAAAACUGUGUGCAGUACAAAUGAUGCAAAGUGCAUGGAAAGAGACUGUAGCAAAUGUGAUGUUGAGGGGUCAGUCAAUGACAUGUUUGACGAAUGCGAUGAAGAUCAGUCAGUCUCCUAUUAUCAGUGGGAGACUUCUGAUGAUGGAAUAGUGAGGAAAGUGCAAGUUAACUGCAAUCUUGGAGAGGCUAAAGAUGAUCUUAUAGUACAGCUCCAGCCAUUUGGAAGACAUGUGUAUAACAUCAGGCGUCAGUACAUUGAGCUAGCGGUCCUCAAAGAAACACUGGCACCUGGAGAAAUUAUUGUACACGAAGAUUUCGCUGAAAAUUUUCAGCUUAAACAUCAACGAGAGAUCAUGGCUGCGCAUUGGCACAAUGAAAUGGUGACAGUGUUUACAGCAGUGGUAUACUAUAGGGAUGAUGAGGGAGAGUUGCAGCAUUUGUCUUAUGCUGUUGUAAGUGACGAACUCUCUCAUGACAAGUCGUCUGUCUAUGCAUACAACUCUCUGAUUCUUGAAGAUGUUAACAAAGUAACAGAAGUAAAGAAGGUCCACUACUGGUCUGAUGGUCCCUCCUCGCAGUUCAAGAAUCGUUACAACUUGUCAAUUGUGGUGUACCAUGAAAGGGAUUUUGGUUGUGAUGCCACAUGGAAUUUUUUUGAGACUGCGCAUGGGAAAGGCCCCUGUGAUGGUAUUGGUGGGGAGGUAAAGAGAGUGGUUUGGCGGGCAAUACUACAGUCAAGAGUGAUGGUAACCUCAGCCAAGGAGUUUGCAGACACAGCAAAACAACUGUGCAAGAAGAUUAGGGUUCUCUACUGUUCAGAGGACCAAGUGGGGUUGGUAACUGAGAAGCUUAGUACCCGAUGGAACAGUUGCAAAGCAAUCCCUUCCACACACUCUAUUCACUUUGUGGCCAAGGUGGAUGAGGUAACCAUUAAAGUGGCUAAGAAUUCUCAGUUCUCCCAACAGGAUUGCUGUCAAGAGCAUGUCUUGAUAUCAAAGAGCCCGCUGUCUCAUCAGCCUAGUGGAAAGGAUUCAAAGCAAGUGCCAGCAGCAGUAAAAAAAGAUCCAGGACAAAAAGCUGCAACCAGACCCUGUGCAACGAAUUCGAACCGGGUGCCAGCAUCAGUCGUAGCAAAAGAGACAGGCCAAGUGAAGGCUCCUAAUCUGGCAACUGACUUUGGCUUGCCUCCAAUGCUUAAGGCUAGAUUCAGAAAUCCUGGUCAUGUCACUGCUAUCCCUCACAAGGCACAGCUAUUGUCUGGGAUUAUAAAUGGUCAAGUUAAAUUCAAAGGCAAAGGAGUCAUAUCACCAAAUGAUCUAAGCUCGCUCCAGGGAGGGCAUGCAAAGGAAGAAGAUAACUUUCUUACCAACUUUGCUGUUGAUACAUACCUUGAAAUGCUCCAAACUGCUUCGCCCAACACUGUUGUAUUUCCUUGGGAACAAUUUGAGAAAUCAUCAAUCAUCAAACGCCAAUUAUCUGCUAAAGGAAAACUCCUUGAAAAAGAUCUUAUCAUCGCACCUUGCUGCCCAGCGGGAGGUAACCACUGGUUUCUGGUGGUAGCUAUACCCAAGGAAAAGUCCAUAUUUGCUCUUGAUAGCCUAGCAGGGUCAUUUAUUAAGCCCACAGCUGAAGCUGCUAUGUGCAAAAUGUGGCAUGUCCUCAAGAAGGCUGACAGCAGUUUGGACAUAGCUACAUGGAGGUUUGCAUCAAACAAACCAGGCGAUUUGCCACAACAAGCCAAUGGAAUUGACUGUGGUGUAUUUCUUUUAAUGUAUGCUAGGUGCUUGGCCACUGGUGCCCCAAUGCUCUGCAAAGAUCCUGACAUCCCAGCAGUUAGAGAGCAGAUGAUAUUAGAGCUUCACUACCAAGCCUUGCUUCCCCCACAAACAAGCAUCAUUGAGAAAGAUCAGUAUUAUGCAGUGGAUUACGUGAAGAAAUACUACAUAGGUAGAGCCUUAGAUGCAUCUAGUGAUGGAUUCCUUAUACCAUUCAAGUUUCUAUAUUAUGUUGGAGCACAGAAGUUUGGCUGGCCAAUCAGAGAUGAUGUAGAAAGUGUCCACCCCUCGUGUGUAUUCCAUGGCCCACUGGCAUUGCAGGGAAAUGGGCCCUUUGAAGUCCCUAACUUAGAUGAGGUAGAGGCUGUUUUCAAGUUGCUAAAAAAAUAAAAUGGCCUGACUGAUCAUUACAGAUAAUGAUAAUAUCAUAGCACCCAUGUUAUUACAUGUACUUGUGUACAUUGUGUUUCUUAUUUAGUACCAAGUACUGUUUAGUUCUGAACUAUGAGAAACAUUGCCCACUGGCAUUGCAGGGCAAUGAGCCCUUCGAGAGCCCACUUAGAUGAGGUAAGAGACCGGGUCUCUCAAAGCAAGGGUCAGACAACUUAACUAGCUGUUAAUGUGUUGCCACAUUUGUAAGAGAGUUGGUGUUGAACUGGAUUUAAGAUUAAAAGUGUCUGCUACAGAAAACUUAAUAAUUGUACUCCAAUAAUUUUUGUAGAUGCUAAAAAGUAGAUUCCAUAACAAUUUUCUAGAAUCUAAUUGUGCUGGGAUAUGACUAUCUAACAUGCUGAGAUAAAACUAUACUAUAUGAAUGAAAUACAUUUUGAAAAUAUUUCCUAUGUUUUUGAGUGCAGUAAGCAGCAUUUUUUGUGGUUCUUCUCUUAUUUCUAGUUUAGUGCCCUUGUGUAGACUCCGCAACGUAGACUCCGCAACAGCACCAGUCCAUCUAAAACUAGCAAUUUCACCAAGAAGAUAAAACAAAAGCAAAAUAUUCUUAUUGCUCAAAUCAACCCAGAAGAAUGUUGUUCCUUAUUAUUUAAGCCCCAUUUAAAAAUAUUCAGAAAGUUCACAGAGUUUUUAAGGUAAAGUUCAUUUCUAAAAAAAUUGGAUUUUUCUGCGUAGACUCCGCAACGGCUGUAUAUUAUCAAAUAUCUCAGAAGCAUUUCAACUUUGCAAUAUCCCCUUCCUUACUGUUUGUAGUACUUAUACCCCUUUCCCCUAGAAGUAUACUUUUAUUAAGAUAAACAUUCUUAAUUAGAAGUUAUAAUGUCUCAAAUCUCUCCAAAUGUAGACUCCACAACAUACAGUUUACUGUGGAAUGACCCAGUAGUAUAAAAGGUGAAAUCGAGGAUAAGGUUUGUUUUGAAAUUUAAGAUCAGAUGUUUGUUUUUUAUCUGGAGUAAUAUUCUUUAAAAAAAAAAAACAAUAUAUAAAACUUAUUUUCCAGCCUAUUUGAGAACAAAAAGAGGUUAUGCAAGCUCUGCCAAUCAAAGCAGCAGAGUUUCUGAGGUAUAUUUUUUUUGCAUUAUUAUCCAUUUUCCAGUUUGUCCACCCCUUUUAAUAGAGCCCGGAACCACCAGUGUAACCUUAGCACUCAGCAUAGAGUACAGUAUAUUAUAUGACAUCAAGCAAUAUGGUAGAUUGUUCAUACUCCUUUUUCUUUCCAAUCUGGGAUGAGCUCAUCUAGUGCUGAGGUUUCUAUACAUGCUCCUGAUAAUGUGUGUCCUCCUAGAAAA